CAGAUAGACAGUGAGAAUUACCAUUGUCAGGAAGCAUGAUAAAAGGUAUUGAAUUUCAAACAGUAGGGUUGUAUAUUGCAACGCUCUUUUAUAUUCAACUGUCUGCUGGACACCUGUUUAAUGAACAUGGGCGGACUGACAACUAAUGGGGCCCCUGGGCAAUAGGGGAUCAUGGGGCCCCUGUUUCCUUGCCCACACUCAAAAAAAGCCUAUAAAAAAGGUACCAGGCGCAUUUCAUGGGGCCCCCUACUGACCCCGGGCCCUCGGGCAGUGC